GAGAUAAGGAAUUAGCAGAGUUUUUAGAACAAGAAAUCAAAGCAGAAAUUAAAUCUAGGAAAUCAUCAAAACUUCCAACUAUUGAAGGUUUUGACAUAAAAACAGAUGGAGCUGAAGUGACUAUGUCCAAACAGUUUAAUAAUGAAAACAUAACUGUCAAAAUGAAUAUAAACCAGUCAGUUGAUGCUGAAGAACCUCAGUUCCACCCAAAUCAAGAUUCUGAACCACCAGCUGGAGAAAUGAAAUCUAAGCCCAACUUCACUGUAGAAAUAGAAAAAAAUGGGAAAAAAUUGGCUUUUUCAUGUGCAUUUAGUGAGGCUAUGGGUGAAGAGACGGAUGGUGGUGAUCCACAGGAUUCUUAUAAUGAUGCUUUUCAAAUAACAGAACUUACAAUUUAUACUAAAGAAUGGGAGGAUGAAACUUAUACUGUUUCAGGAGAUAUCAUGGAUGGGUAUUUAUAUGAUCUCCUAAUGAACAUGUUGGAAGAUCGAGGCAUUGGCAACGAAUUUGCAGAUCUGUUGGUAGAAUAUUGUACGUCAUAUGAACACAGCAAAUAUGUCGGAUUACUUGAAGAGUUAAAAGAAUUUGUAUCAACUAAAUAAUCUUACAAGUUUAGAUUUAUUCAUAAAACUUUUUUAAGUGAAUUAUUACAUUGAUUUUCAUCAUGAGCAAACAUUGAAAUGAUAAUUUCAAUUUAGAUGUAUUUUAUUAGCAUUUACUAAUUAUAAUUGUAAUGUCAUUCUGUAAUAAAAGAAGAAAUUAUAUU